ACCCACGUGGUAAUGGUUUCCGGUGAACGCUAAAAUCGAUGCAUGCCUGUAUUUGGUUUGAAUCGAUGAUCUGCUCAUUCUGUGGGCCAUUUAAACAUGUUGUUAGUAGGAUAUAACCCUAUAAAACGCAUACAAAUAAGGGCUUGUUACUAGUUAUGGAGGAGUCGCAUGGCUCAGAGAAAAACAGUUUGCAUAAUUACAGGAUUGCAAUACCCAACAGCACUCCAGCAUUAUGUGAAUCGACCGAGAUCAGCUGCAUCGGAAUGCAAGCGACAGAUGGUAAACUGGUGCGAUAUUUUCCGUGAAUGUGAUAUAUUUUACGUAAAAGAGGGAGAGGAGCAAAAUACUUUUCUUGCAGCGCUUAACUGGCUUGCCUGCUGCGCAUAUGCAAGCUAUCAGUCCUAGAAAAUAUUGAAGGUCAACUCAAGGUACUUGAGCAUUAAAGAUUGUUGAAAAUGGAUAUUCUGAGCCUUUUCCUUGUUUACAGCAUUGUAUUUAUAUUAUGCAUUGUGCUGUAUUUGUAUUCUGAUGCACCAUUCUUCAAUACUGGUCUGCUUGGAAAGAUAAAAAAUGGAUUGUGUCAGAUUGUACAGUUUAUAUUUCCAGUAUUUCUAGUCAAGUUUUUCAAGAGAAUUGUGAAUUACAUCUUUUACACCAGAAACCAUGUCCUUCAGUUGAUAUUUGGAACCCUUGUGCUGGCAGGGCAUGCUGUCUUUGUCUUUGAUAUCUUGCCAUUACUAAAUAUCUUUGAGCCCAACACAAAUCACAUCUUACUGCCUAUCCUGUUUUGCUUCAUCAACCUUACGUUCUAUCACCUCAGCUGUACAGCUGAUGCAGGGAGAAUCACCCCUAACAAUGUUGAAGCAUUUGUCUCCCUGUAUAAAGCAGAUGGCAUGCUGUACAAGUCUGGAGCACUGUGCAGAACAUGCAAGCUCCCAAAGCCGGCACGAUCCAAACACUGCAGCCUUUGCAAUAGAUGUGUCCAUCGAUUUGACCAUCACUGUAUCUGGACCAACAAUUGUGUCGGAGCUGGUAAUUUGCGCUACUUUUUGCUGUUCCUGAUCACUCUGAUCAUCAUGUGUGUCAAUGGUGUGUUGAUGACUACCCACUGCCUUAUGCUGGUUGUUAAGAACUUUCGUCUCAUGGAAACCUCUUACGUGGAUACUGUUACUGGCAGGCUUCAUCCUGUCACACUGCCUAUACUCAUACAGCAUCUUUUCAUGCAGCAGCCACGUUGUGUGUUUCUUGUUGGCUCUCUUGUGCUGCUGGUGCUGAUGCUUCUUGCAUUCACAGGAUACCAUGUGUACCUCGUCUCCAUCAACCAGACUACUAAUGAACGUUACAAGCUUGGCAAUUUAUAUGUGGAUAACAACAACGCUGGUGAUGCUGGUCGCUUGUUGCAGGCAUGGCAAGAACACAGCAGCUUUUAUAACCGUGGUCUCCUCCUCAACCUGUUUGAAGUGUUUUUUCCUCAGUUUCCUUCCAAAAAAGGGUCUUCCCCAGUGCCAGCCAAGGAGGGCAGUCAAAGCAUUCAAGGUGGUCGCAUGUUAAAUCUUAAAGCUGAAGCAGUAAGACAGAAAAACAAGCGAAAAGAUCGAUAAAGCAGACAGUUGUUGAAUGAGUUGUUAGACUUUGUUAUUCUGACAAAAAUUGUUUUGGGGACUUUUGUAUUAAUUAAAACAUUUCAGCAUAAAGAACAUGGCACAGAAUGAAGCUUUGCACCUUAAAUGCUUUGAACUCAAAGAGGAACUAGGCUUCAGAAAUGCCUCAUUUGUAUGUGUGUAUUUAUAUGAAGGCAAUCCUUGUAGAUAGUUAUCACCCAUACUAUAAUAAACAUGUUUUAACUAUGUCGCCUUGUCAUGAUCACCUCAGCUGAAGACUGUUUACUAAGUAGCAUAAUAAGAUGAUGUAGAAUUAAUAAUUUUGCCACUUUUCCAUUGUAAAGUUACAUGAGGCUUUUUUUCAUUUAAUAAACUCUAUGUGAAUAAGAAAUUGUUUUGAUGUGCCAACUUUAGCACCUUUGUAGACACUACAGACAAACUAGCUAGUUAGUUAGGUUAUUGGCCAGAGAUGUUUAAGUAUUAGAAAUAACAGUUUCUCCUACUAAGAAGUAAAUGCUCUCUAAGGUUCUGGGGCAGGCAGCUUGUUGGUUUUACAGAUGCUUGUGAUAGAGCACUGACACGGCUCCCUAUGAAAGGGUGAUGUUUAAUGUGUGAUGCAUGAGUUAUUGACAAAUUGCCAAGUAUUAUGCCCAUUUUUCCCGGGUUUAUUACAGUUUCUUCGCAACUUUUGUCUGUUACAAAACUAGAUUUAUUAUUAUGGAAGACUUCCAGCAUUAGCAUAUAAAUAUUUAGAAGCUAGUGGAAGGAAAUAUUAAUGGUUGUGAUGUUUUGGAAUUGGUUUGAGCACCAGUAAUUUUGGGGUAGGUGUUUGGUAAAAAUUGCAGAGUAGCAGAUUUUUUUCUUCUGUUACCCCAUUUGGGUUUUGUUAAUAUGAUCCAUACUGCUUCUGUCAUAAUGGGGAGAUGAUCACUUGUUGUGAUUAUAACCUGUUUGCUGCUUGAUGACCAAUGUCAGCUGGCAAACUGCAUGUUAGACCAGUGGUUCUCAAAGUUUUUCGGACCGCGGACCACUUUACUUAAGUAAAAGCUAUGGCGGACCACCAAGGCCUAAGUAAAAAAUAUGGCGGACCACCAAGGCCUAAAAAUCAGUCUGUACU